AUGUCCGAGGAACGACGGCGUUCGUCGAGGACAGUUCACCGGCGCACGAGCGUCCAGGAGGAUGCGGCCAUCUUGGCCGGGAUGGGGGUGAGACAAGAGCUAAAGCGCAAUUUCUCCCUCUUCUCCAUGCUCGGAUUGGCGUUUGCAAUCCUGAACUCGUGGACUGCCUUAGGAGCCAGCAUGUCGUUGGCCUUGCCCUCCGGAGGACCUGACGCCGUCAUCUGGGGGCUGGUCGUUGCAGGUAUCUGCAACCUCUGCCUCGCAGCGUCUCUGGCCGAGUUCCUCUCCGCCUAUCCAACAGCAGGCGGUCAGUACCAUUGGGUCGCUGUCAUCAGCUGGAAGGGAUGGGUCGCCAUUCUCUCCUGGAUAACAGGUUGGAUCAACACCGCCGGGUGGGUGGCGUUGACCGCUACUGCUGGGCUUUUGGGGAGUCAGCUCAUCCUCGGUGUUAUCUCCCUUUACUCUCCUUCAUAUGAGCCCCAUCGAUGGCAUCAGUUCUUGAUCUACAUUGGUUACAACCUCGUGGCCUUUGUGGUAAAUGCCUUUACCACCAGGCUACUUCCCUGGGUCACCAAGGCCGCCCUCAUUUGGUCGAUCACAGGCUGGUUGAUAAUCUCCAUCACGGUCCUGGCUUGCUCCUCUCCCGACUACCAGUCGGGUGACUUUGUCUAUCGCACGUUCAUCAAUGAAACCGGCUGGCCAGAUGGUCUCGCCUGGCUUUUGGGUCUGCUGCAGGGAGGUCUAGGAUUGACCGGUUUCGACGCGGUAUCACAUUGUAUCGAGGAGCUUAAUGACCCCACAUACGUUGGUCCUCGCAUCAUGAUUGCUUGUGUUGUCAUCGGCGUCUUGACUGGCUUUGUUUACCUGAGCGUGCUGCUGUUCGUCACCAAGAACGUGAACACGGUCAUCAGUUCCGCCGCAGGCCCGAUGUUGCAAAUCUUUUAUGAUGCCACCGGCAACAAGGCGGGUUCGAUUUGCUUGCUCAUAUUCCCACUCGUUUGUUUGCUUUUCGCCGGUAUCAGCAUCAUGACCACCAGCAGCCGCAUGGUCUAUGCAUUUGCCCGCGACCGUGGUCUUCCGGUAUCACACUUCUUCGCCAGGGUCCAUCCGCGCCUCGAUGUGCCGCUGAAUGCUUUAGCCUUGACUUUGAUCCUGGUCGUCAUCUUUGGGUGCAUCUUUUUAGGCUCCUCGAGCGCAUUCAAUGCCAUUGUCUCUGCCUCUGUGGUCGCCUUGGGAAUCACCUACGCCAUCCCGCCAGCAAUCCAUUGUCUUCGAGGUCGCAAGAUGUUGCCUCCAUCUCGUCCAUUCGUACUGCCGAGUGCAGUUGGCUGGGCAUGCAAUCUGAUCGGAAUCGCGUACACACUCCUCACCACUGUCCUAUUCAUGUUCCCGCCAGUCACCCCUGUGACAGCUAACAAUAUGAAUUAUUGCGUGGCGGCAUUUGCAAUCGUCCUCGUCAUAUCUGUCAUCCAGUGGUUUGUCGAUGGUCGGAAGAACUAUACCGGGCCGCAGAUUGAUGUGGAUGCAUUGAGAAGUGGUGCAGUGGUCGGCAUGGCCCCAGUGGAGAGCAGAGCAGAGCAGAAAAGCGAGGAUACCUUGUUUGGAGAUCAGAAAAAAGAGAGCCCACGGAUCUGA